GCGAGAGUUGCAUCCGGGCGGCUCACUGUCCGGGCCAGCGUCCUCACGGUUGCCCUUAGGGACACGCCUGGACAGCCCAGGGCGGGGACCCAGAGCGCGGUCAUGGCGUCCCAGCCAGUGACUGCUUCUCCCCUGCGGGUCCUGGAAGAAGAACUGGGUAUGGACGUGACGGCUGCAAAGGAUACUGCGGAGGUGUCCGCCGAAGGCGCCUACUACCUGGAGCAGGUGUCCAUAACUGAAACAUCCGAAGAUGAUUACGAAUAUGAAGAGAUACCUGAUGACAAUUUUAGCAUUCCAGAAGGUGAAGAAGAUUUGUCAAAAGCAAUGCAGAUGGUCCAAGAACGGACUGCGGAUACUCAGAUUUUGGAGCAGAAAACAGUUCUUCCGUCAAAGCAAGCAGUCCCUGAAGUAAUAGAAGACUUUCUCUGCAAUUUCCUGAUCAAAAUGGGAAUGACCCGAACUCUUGACUGCUUUCAGUCUGAAUGGUAUGAGUUGGUACAAAAAGAAGUAGCUAGACUGGGAGCUUUGGGGAAUGUCCCAGAUGUCUACACCCAGAAUAUGCUCUUGGAAAGUGAAAAUAAAAGUUUGAAGACAGAUUUGAAGCACUACAAACAAGCAGCUGACAAGGCUAGAGAAGAUUUGCUGAAAACUCAGAAAGAGCGUGAUUAUCAUCGAAUGCACCACAAGCGAAUUGUCCAGGAAAAAAACAAAUUAAUCAGUGACCUCAAAGGGUUGAAAUUACAUUAUGCCUCAUAUGAACCAACAAUAAGAGUGUUACAUGAGAAACACAACACUUUAUUGAAGCAGAAAAUGCUGACCUCCUUGGAAAGAGACAAAGCAGUUGGGCAGAUUUCUGUACUUCAAGCAACAUUGAGGCAUAUGGAAAUUGGGCAUAGUUACCAUGCUCCUCAUGUUAAAGUUUCUUCUAAGUGUGAAAGAGGAAAUGCAUCAGAAGGUCCUACUCAAAGAAGUCUCCGUGAAGCCAAGGAACAAAGCAAAUACAAGGCAAAGAUGAAAGAGAAUAUAAAGGAUUCAGAAUUUCCCAGUGAUAUGCAACCAGAUCAGAAUCUAUAUUUAUGCAAUGAAAAUAUUAGUCCAGCAAAAUUUGACUACAAACUGAAUGAUAUAUUUAGAAUUCAUGAACUUCCAGUGAGCUGCAUCGCUGUGCAUCCACACAAAGAAGUGUUAAUCACUUGUGGAGAGGACCAUCUCUGGAAGAUUGUUGAGCUCUCCAAAGGCAAUGUACUUUUCACUGGAUUUGGUCACACAGACUGGCUCUCAGACUGCUGCUUGGAUAACAGUGGCAGUAAGAUGGCUACUUCAAGUGGUGACUCUACAAUUAAAUUAUGGGAUCUGUUUAAAGGCAAUUGCAUUUUGACUUUCGAAGGACACAACCAUGCUGUGUGGUCCUGUACAUGGCAUUCCUGUGGUGACUUUGUGGCCUCCUCCUCAUUGGAUACAACUAGUAAAAUCUGGGAUAUUAAUAGUGAAAGAUGCAGGUGCACAUUUUAUGGCCAUACCGAUUCUGUAAAUACUAUUGAGUUUUUCCCUUACUCCAACAUUCUUCUCACUGGAUCAGCAGAUAAGACUCUGUCGAUAUGGGAUGCAAGGACGGGCAAAUGUGAACAGUCACUUUAUGGUCACAUGCAUUCUAUCAAUGACGCCACCUUCAAUCCCAAGGGCCACAUAAUAGCAUCCUGUGAUGCCUGUGGAGUCACAAAAUUAUGGGACUUUCGGAAACUCUUACCAAUUGUGUCCAUCGAUGUGGGUCCGAGCCCAGGCAAUGAGGUGAACUUUAAUUCAUCAGGUCAAGUUUUAGCACAAGCAAGCGGCAGUGGAGUUAUUCAUUUGCUGGAUCUUAAAUCAGGGCAGAUUUACAAAUUGAUGGGUCAGGAGAGUGAGGUUAACACAGUUGUAUUUUCUCACAAUGGAGAGAGUCUAUUUUCUGGAGGCUCUGAUGGCACAGUUCGAACGUGGUCUUGACCAUCAACACAUUCUACUGCAGAGACCAUUCCUUUUAAGGGUAGAAAAUGCCUUCUGUAGUCUCAAGCUAGUGAAUGUCUGAUUAAAUAUCUCAUCUGAUAACAUUUACAAUCAUCUUUAAAACAUGAUGUGUUUUAUCUGAGAUAUCUUAGUAUUUAUACUGUUGCCAAUAAAGAACUUUCCGCUCGCUU